CAGAGCGCAUCCAUAGAUUCGAAAAGUUUCAGCGCAUCCACGGAACCGACCGAGACGCAGAUAAACAUCCGACUCGUGCGUGGUUCGACGGGUGUAACGUGUUUGUUGGUUACUCUGGACGUAGGUGAAGUUUGCGGGGAAAGCCAGCAACCAGGACUUUAAAAACUUUGCCGGACAAAACUUUUUUGUGUGACAGGACUGGCUGACCAGACCUCGGAGAGAGCAACUCAGCGGCCAGACUCCAGCGCUCCCUUUUCUCUGCAGCCAGUGGAUUGGAGCAAAUUCUAUUGUGAUGCUAAAGUGAAGUCGGAAGAGGGAAAGGACUGACAAACGAUCAAACGUGAAGAUGUCCACGAAAUACUAGACGGAAUCGUAGGUCCCUGAAAUCUUGUUGAAAGGAAUGUAUUGUUUUUGCACUUAGUUUUUUACAUUUCAUUUGGGAAUAAAGCUGUGAUGCCGCUUGACUUUCUCUCAACAGUUGGUCAAAAAUCGUGUGCAUUCUCAUCGAGGAAAUGACUUCGUAUUUACACUGGCAGUCCCUCGUUAUUGUCUGACUAAUAAUUUAGUAAUGCUCCACGGAAAUGGUUUGUCAAACAGGAGCGGACAAUCUUAUCUUGCCAUGUGCGGCGGCGGUGUUUGAGAAGAGUCUGCAAGAGGCGAAAAACAAGCGCAUUUCCUCAGUCCUCGAGCUACUAUCAUCCUCUCGAGUGGGCUUUGGUUGACCCUAGCCGAGGCAGGAGAGGGGGGACUGGACUGCCUAUACGGUCCACACAUCUCUGCGGGCUGCCGACUAUGGAUAACAGUUUCACCGGUCCAUACAGCACUGUUUUCCAGAGAGGGAAGUCACUGUAUGUGCAGGCGCGACUUCAGGGUGGAGCACCAUGGGGCUUCACGCUCAAAGGUGGCCUUGAACAUGGGGAGCCGCUCAUCAUAUCCAAGGUGGAGGAGGGCGGUAAGGCGGACCUGUUAGAGCACCCCCUGCUGGCGGGCGAUGAGGUGGUCAUCAUCAACGAUGUGGAGCUGAGCGGCUUCAGGCAGGAGGCCAUCUCCCUGGUCAAGGGGUCCUACAAGACCCUCUGGCUCACCGUGCGCAGGGAGUUCUGUCCCAGUCCGUGCUGUUCCGAAGCCUGUGCUCCUCCUUGCUCCUCCUCCACCUCCUACGACGCUCCUCCCUGCUCCUCCACCACCUACGCCGCGCCUCCCUGCCCCUCCACCCACAGCACCGCCCGCCACAGCCCCGACAGAAACAGAGGAUGCUCAGGAGGAGUUAAACUACGCAUCAAAAACAGACGAAGUGAGUCGGCGUCACGUCCCCACUCGUGGCACUCCACCAAGCUGGGCGACGGGCUGCCGGAGCACAGCAUGAUGCAGAUAUCCCCCCAGGGCAGCAUGGGAGCUCCCUGGCACCAUAACUACCACUCCAGCUCCUCCACUACUGACCUCUCUGGCUAUGAGGCCGGCUUCCUUCGCAAGAGCCCGGACCAGUACAGCUCACGCGGCAGCAUGGAGAGCCUGGACCCCCCGCUCAACCCCACAUACAGCUCCUGCCACCAGCUGUCGGCCUCCAAGUCGUCCAGCAGUAUUGACCACCUGCACAGCAAGCGUGACUCGGCCUACAGCUCCUUCUCCACCAGCUCCAGCAUCCCAGAGUACCUGGCGGCUGGACCCACCUUCACCAGCAGCAACAGGGAGAGGUCCUGCUCCAUGGAGCACAUGCCUCAGAGUAGAGGAGGUGGAGGAGGUGGCAUGACAGCGGAGGGCAUGCAGCAGGCGGACAUCCGCUACGUGCGCACCAUCUACGACCCACAGGGGCCGUCCCAAGAGCACGAGGUGACCUCGGCCGCUCUGGGUCGAACCAGCGACAGCAGAGGACAGAUGAGGAGUGGAGUAGGAGGAGGAGGAGGAGUAGGAGGAGUAGGGACGGGCCCAUGUCACCGCGCUGGCGGCAGCUCCAGCAGCAGCAGCAGUGGCGGCUCGUCCUCCUCCGCCUCCCACCGCCACAGCUUGGGGCCCGUGUGGGGCAGCGGCAGCCACAACAGCGGCCGCAGUUCUUGCGAGAACCUGAAGGGGGCGCCACAACCACCGGGAGCGCCGCCGCCGCCGCAGCGCAGCGACAGCUACGCCGCCAUCCGCAACCACAACCACCACGAGCGGCCCAACUCCUGGUCCAGCCUGGAGCAGGCCCGCUCGCUGCGCGCCCUGCACAAGGGCUCCUGGCACCACUCCAGCGGCUCGGUGGCGGCCGCGGCGGGCGGAGCCGGGGGCAAGCCGUCGUUCGUGACAGAAGGCGGGCAGCUCCAUACGGUGGUGGAGAAAAGCCCGGAGAGCAGCCCCACCACGCGGCCCAAACAGGGAUUCCCUCCUCAGCCGGCUGUCUCCUCUGCAUCGCAGCCUGGCGCUGGUCGGCCACUGUACCCCACCAGCGUCUACCAAGUGCCUCAGCCAGAGCCCCACUUUGCACAGAUGCCUACCAAUUGCCCCAGCUCCAGCACAGUGUACCCGGCUCUCGCCAAGGAGAGCCGCUACGCACCCCCGAGGGAGCUAGCAGGAGGAGGAGGAGGAGGAGGAGGAGGAGGAGGAAGAGAGGGAGCCCUGGCGGUGGAGAAUGGAUACCAAAGCAGCAGCAGCAGCAGCCACAUGCCACAUGGUUCCACCAGCCCACCUCACCUCAUCGCCUCGUCCUCCCAGCCCAAAUCCCUUCCCCAGGCCCCCUCACUACCACCACCACCACCACAUUCCCACUCCCAGCACCUCCAGCACCACCAGCACCAGGAGAGAGGCCCGGACGAGGCCCACACCAAAUACAGGUCGCACCUGCAGCCGCCAAACAGCCACAACCCAGCCAGCCGGCCGGCCUCGGCGUCGUCCUCCAUCAUCGCACAGGAGAGACGAGACCCCUACACGCCCGUGCUGCCCAGGGGAGAGAAGGGGCGCUAUGGCCACAGCCCAGAGCCUCAGAGCAGCCAGCAGCAGCUCCAGCUCCAGCAGCAGCAGAGCAGGGAGGAGGCCGAGCUGGCCAGACACCUGGAGCAGGGCUCCCACGUCGAGCCGCUGCAGACCAACGCGGCGACCAGGAGCGGUGGCGGCUCCAGUCUCCCGCCGAGGCACUACAGCGAGUCCAGCGCUCUACGGGACCAGGAGCACCCUCUGACGCGUCUGGAGAACGCCCUGGCCGAGGUGCAGAGGUGUGCCAGCCCCGAGAGUGGCAGCGCGGCGGGCAGCGGAGGCAGCCAGAACUACCCCCCGGGCGGCGAGCGCGACCGCAGCGUGUCCGUGCUGGAGAGGGUGAGCCGCUUCGAGAGGCGCGAUCCUCCCUCGGGGAAAGCUCGCAGCCACAGCAUCAGCCACGCCGGUUCCAUCUCCUCGUCGUCCUCCUCCUUGUCCUCCUAUCCCUCUUCCUCCUCCCACUACCGUCCAAACCAUGCGCCCGUUGCGCCCAAGAGCUCCCUCUCUGGUGUGGAGGACCUUCGCAACAUGCUGGACAGAAGCUCUGCGACGUCUCAUUAUGCCGUUCCCACGAGCUCUUACGCCAACACCCACGGGUACGGUGCGGUGAACCAGGAGCUCCAUCAUGGAUUGAUGGAUCUUCACCAGAGGAGGGCGAGCACCGACCAGGAGCGUCACAGGUACCCGCCAGACACCACCAGCCAGGUCCUGCAGAGGAGCAAGAGCGUGUACCACGUGGGUGAGGAAAAUGGAUCAUCUGCGUCCGAGUGGAGAGACGACCCGCUCGACAUCCUGGGCACCAUCCAGGACACCACGUACAACCGGGCCUACCGGGACAGCAUCAAGGGCGCCCAGUCCAAGGUGCUGAGGUCCACCUCCUUCCAGCGCAGGGACAUGAACCCUCCCGCGGUCCCUCCAAAACACGCUUCCCUGGAGAGGAAAGGGCCCAAGACCAGUCCCAAGCCUACGACCAGCACGACCAACACGACCAACACCACCACCACGUCGCCCCACACCCCGAAAGAGAGGCACGUGGUGACCCCCGACCUCCCGGACAGGAGCAGCCCCCCGGAACUCCCCAGCAUGCCCCCGGUGGGGCCGCCCGUCGUGCGGAUCUGCGGCCGCAAGCGGCUCACCAUGGAACAGAAGAAGCGAUCUUACUCGGAGCCCGAGAACAUGCACGAGGUGGGCCUCUCGGACUCGGACAUUUCCAGAAAGCAGCAGCUUCAGCAAUUCCUCAUCCCGGAAAGCAGCGUGGCCGACCGGCGCAAGAUGUUCGAGAUGGCGGCCAAUCGGAACGCCAAGCAGCAACAGCAGCAGCAGCAGUUGCAGUUACUGUCUGUGCGUCCGGAGCUGAAGCAGAUGCAGCAAGACGCCCUGGCCGAGUACAUGAAGCGCAAGACGGGCCAGCACAGGCCAGCGCCGGAGGGAGGGCGCCCCAGCCGGCCCCAGAGUGCCUACCUGCACCACCAGACCUCGUCCUCCUCCACCGACUCUCGCAGCCUCUCCUCCACCUCCAGCCUGGCUUCGCUACAGGACCCGGGGCUGCUGGAGAGCCUGUCCGGGGUUACUGCAGGUGGUGGUGGUGGUGGUGGUGGUGGAAGGCAGAUCUAUACUCUUCCAGCCAACCUCCGUGGAGAUUUCUACACCACCAGCAACAGGUGGCAGGUUGCAGAGCCCCAGCAGCACGCUGCGCAUCACAGGCCACAGAGCAAAACACCCGAGCCCCAGUGGCUCCAGGACAGACACCCAGUGGACCGGGACAGGGACCGGGACAGGGACAGGAGAGCCUCUGCCUCCGCCAGCCUGGCUGGAGCAUCAUCUGGUCCAGAUGUGUCCCAGUUGAGGCAGCUGCCCCAGCAGCAGCGCGGCGAGAGGGAGAGGGAGAAGGGAGGGUUCGAGCGGGGCGGUGGUGGCCGGAGCUCGGGGAAGUCAGCGUCGGCGGAGGAUCUUCUGGAGAGGCAGGAGAAAAGGCCAGCUCCUCAGCACGCACGCUCACGCUCAUCGCCCUCAGACAGGUUUAAUCAGGACUUUAUGGCUGCUGAGCUGAAGUCAUUUGCGAUGAUGUCAAUGGAUGUCGCCCCAUCAUCUAGUCACACUGUCAACAGGUCCGUGGCCCCUGUGAAGCCUGAGAGACCGUCCUCGGCCUCAGCCGCGAUGAGGAGCGACCGCUACUUGCUCAACCAGUCGGGCUCGCAGGCCAACGCGCCCGUCAUGCGGCGCGACCGGCAGCGGCACGGCGAGCGCCAGAGGGCCCAGAGCGCCGCGGGCCUGGCUGCCUCUGUGGGCCUCCCCUCCCCCCUCUCCGCCGGCACCAGCGCCGGCGUCGGCGCCAGCAGUGGGCAAGACUGGCAGCAAGCCAGCGUGCGCCUCCUCUGCCCGGCCAACUUGGACCACAUCACCUUCCCCUCCACGCCACACGGCGGAGCCGCUGCGGCGACGUCACAGUCGCACCCCGCGAGGAGGGCCUCCGCAGGGAUGAUCAGACAGUACUCCAGUGAGACCAGCACGUCGGAGGACACCGUCAAGGACUUCCCCAGUGGUGGUGGUAGUGGUGGUGGAAAAUCUGCCCCACCAAAGACGCCUCCACUUGCACUUGCACCCACGCCUGCAGAGAAAGCUCCAUUAGCCCCAGCCGUCGCCCCGGCUACCACCAACAACACCACCCCUCCUGAACUCCCACCCAAGACGUUCCGCGCCGGAUCUACGACCCCCUCUCCCCCUCUGGUGCCGAGCCCCUCCAGGUCUCCUGAAGAGUCAGCGCAAGACCAUCCUCAGCCUCCUGCACAGAAGCCGCUUCUCUCCCUUCGCAUCUCAGAGUCCGCCCUGUGCUUCACCCCCGAGGUGAAAGCCCACUCGCUAGAGGAUGACGUGUUCCUCCAGGACGUUCCACCACCACUACCGCCCCAAGCCCUCGCUGCCGCCGCCGCCGCCGCCCGCCCGCCGCCCCCUUCCUCCUCCUCCUCUGCGUCCUUCCGAGAGACCGACCUGACGGAGGACUUCCCCCCUCCGCCACAGGAGGAAGAGCUACUCGCCUAUCAUCAUCAUCCUCAUCAUCAUCAUCACCAUGCAGAGUCCCAGAUGCUGUCGUCUCCUGCUGCUGUGUCACCGCCACCAAAGUCGCACCUCAGUGCGGAGGCUUCAGUGGACGAUCCAUCCGUUUGCGAUAGGAGAGCAAGCAGAGCAAGUAGAGAAUCCUGCAGCCUCUCUCCGCCACCUUCACAGCCACCACUGUCUCCAGAGCCCAGCUCAGCCCAACCCGCCGGCCCUGCCGCCCCUGCUGCCAUAGAGGUGGAGGACGAGGAGGCCGAGGAUGAGAGCCUGGGGCUCGACUCGCACCUGCUGUCCAGGAGAGAGAGGUCGGAGGCGGAGAGGCGAGUGGAGAUGCUGGCCCGUGAGCUGGUGUCCCGGGACAAGUCCCUGACCCCUCUGCUGGAGAGCUGGGCCGGGAGAGGCAGGAGCUCCAUGGACAUGAUGGAGGAACUCUUCCCUGCCGCUUACGGCCACGGAACCCAGCAACAAUGCCCCUCGUCACGGCAACAGAGGCGGAGCUCCAGCAGCAGCGGUGUGGUCGUCCAUGGCGACCAGGAAGACAGGAGCCCAGGGGGUGAGACGGGUGAAGCCCAGGAGUCUCUGGACCCUGCCAAGAGGAUGGAAACAGACCUUGAUGAGGACGAUACUGAGCUCACACAAAAGCAGGGGGAGCUGCUUCAGGCGCUGGUGCUGAGCGUGGCCGUGCUGAAGGCGGAGAGGGAGCAGCUGGCGGAGGAGCAGAGGGCCUGCGCUGCCCUGGGCGCCGGCGUGGAGGCCCUGGUGCAGGAGAAGUGCAAGCCCAACGAGAGGGACAAGUACCGCGUCUUCAUCGGGGACCAGGACAAGAUGGUCAACCUGCUGCUGUCCCUCAGCAGGCAGCUGGCGCGUGUGGACAGCUCCCUGGCCACCCUGGAGAGGCACUCAGAGGAGGAGAGAGAAGAGGAGCAGGGGGAGGAGGAGACCCAGGACCAUGCAGAGGAAAGGGAGUCCCUGCAGCAGAAGCGUCGUCAGCUGGUGGCGCAGCAAGAGGACGCUCGCGAGCUGAAGGAGAACCUGGACCGCCGGCAGCGCGUGGUGCUGCGCUUCCUGUCCGGCUACCUGACCCGCGACCAGCUGCGCCAGCACCGCCGCCACGUGCGCCUCAAGCCCGCCCUGCUCAUCCGCCAGCGCCACCUGGACCAGCUCAUACGCCUGGGCGAGGACCAGCUGCAGAGGCUGGCCGAUAGUCUCGACAUCCAGCCCAACGCUCCCUCACCACCACCACCACCACCGCCUGUAGCUGUGGCGCUGGAGAACUCUGCACCUUGUAUCGUGCCGGCUCCUCGGUCCACCGCGGUCACGUCGCUCUGACAGCGCCCACUUAACUGUAGCGGCUGGACAAGGACCAGAGACUGCAGAGACUGGCGGUUAGUCUCGACGUCCAGCCUGACCCGCCGUCAAUAUCAACAUCGCCUACACCAGCAGCAGUGGCAAUGGAGAACUCUGCAUCGUGUAUUGUGCCGCCCCCCCUGUCCGCCACAGUCACGUCGCUAUGACAGAGCCCACUUACCGCAGUGGCUAGAUGGGAACAUCAGCCCAAACCCCCCUCAUCAGUCCAAACCCGCAUCAAAAACACCAGCACCAGUGGCAAUGGACAGCUCUGCAUCUUGUAUUAUGUCGGCUCCUCGAUCCACCACUGCCACUGUCACGUCAAUGCCCAUUUAUCGCAGUGGCUGCCCGACUGCCUCAAUGUCUGGCCUAAAACCGCUUCACCACCCGAUAACCCCACGCUCUGGCUUCCAUGGAUACUCACUACCCAAUGGGCAUGCCCUCCUCCACCCCCACCCCUGGACCAACCCCCAGCCAGAGGCUAGUCCAGUCAUCUGUCUCUGUCUCCAGCUACUCAGCCACACUCUAACUCUCUACAGUGCCUGGCUGAGAACCUGAUCUUCCUGCCCAGCCCACUGGCAGACAUCCACAUCCAUAUUCAACCCCCAUAUUCAAACCCAUACUGUUCCCCCCUGAUUGCCCAGCCCAGCCC